AUGUAUUUUGAUCCUGACUUAUGGAGUUAUUUUGUUGUAGUUAGUGUAGUCAAAAGUCUUGGGUACGAUGGUUUUAAGAAUCUGUGGUUUUCUAUUGGAUGUGGUCCUGUAUUAGAUGAUAAGCUAGAAGCAUUGUGUGAUGACGUAGGUGCCAUGCAUAUAGUCAAUUUAGCUCACUUAAAUGGACAAGUUCAUUUAUAUGUUGUGCACACUAUCUCUCAACCUGAUGUGAUUGACAUGAUUGAAUACAACGUUGAUGAGGGAGGUGAGGAAGUUGCACCUCAGGUUAAUGAGGGUGGUGAGGUUGCACAAUUUGUUGAAAGUGUAGAUGAUGGUUUGAGGCAACUGUUGGAUGAGGGGAAGCAACUAAAGGAGGGUGAGAGGAUAGAGGUUGAUGAAGGAGAUGUUGAGAGGACAGAAGCAGAUGUAGUUCAGGAAGAGAGGAUAGAGGUUGAGGAAGCUGAUUUUGAAGGUGAGAGGACAGAAGCAGUUGAAGUUGAAUUUGAGUGUGAGAGGAUAGAGAUUGAGGAAGAUGAUGGUGAGAGGACAACAGCAGAUGAAGUGCAGGAAGAGAGGAUAGAUGGACAACAAGCUGAUGUUGAGGCUGAGAGUAGAGAAGCGGAUGAAGUUCAAAUUGAGGCUGAGAGGAUAGAGGUUGAGGAAGAUGAUGGUGAGAGGACCGUAGCAGAUGAAGUGCAGGAAGAGAGGAUAGAGGGACAACAAACUGAUGUUGAGGCUGAGAGUAGAGAAGCAGUUGAAGUUGAAUUUGAGUGUGAGAGGAUAGAGAUUGAGGAAGAUGAUGGUGAGAGGACAAUAGCAGAUGAAAUGCAGGAAGAGAGGAUAGAGGCAGAACAAGCUGAUGUUGAGGCUAGAGAAGCAGAUGAAGUUCAAAUUAAGGCUGAGAGGAUAGAGGUUAAGGAAGAUGAUGGUGAGAGGACAACAACAAAUGAAGUGCAGGAAGAGAGGAUAGAGGGACAACAAGCUGAUGUUAAGGCUGAGAGUAGAGAAGCAGAUGAAGUUCAAAUUGAGGCUGAGAGGAUAGAGGUUGAGGAAGAUGAUGAGGCUGAGAGUAGAGAAGCAGUUGAAGUUGAAUUUGAGUGUGAGAGGAUAGAGAUUGAGGAAGAUGAUGGUGAGAGGACAACAACAUAUGAAGUGCAGGAAGAGAGGAGAGAGGGAGAACAAGCUGAUAUUGAGGCUGAGAGUAGAGAAGCAGAUGAAGUUCAAAUUGAGGCUAAGAGGAUAGAGGUUGAGGAAGAUGAUGGUGAGAGGACAACAGUAGAUGAAGUAGAAGCAGAUGAAGUUCAAAUUGAGGCUGAGAGGAUAGAGGUUGAGGAAGAUGAUGGUGAGAGGACAACAACAGAUGAAGUGCAAGAAGAGAGGAUAGAGGGACAACAAGCUGAUGUUGAGGCUGAGAGGAUAGAAGCACAGGAUGGUGAGGGUCAUAGGUUAGAUGGUCAGGCUUAA